ACAGACGCCAUACUUGCAACUUUUUGUGUGUUUUUUCUUUAACAGCCGCAGCUUCAUCAGUUUGAGAGAAGAUUAUACCAACUAUAAACAUGGCAGGAGAAGAAGCUGUUAUUCCAGUCGAGGCACCAGCAGCCACCCCUGCUCUUGGGGAGCCAAUGGACAUCAUGACUGCUUUGCAACUUGUGCUAAGAAAGUCACUUGCUCAUGGAGGUCUUGUGAGAGGACUUCACGAGGCUGCAAAGGUUAUUGAGAAACAUGCUGCUCUACUCUGUGUUUUGGCAGAGGAUUGCAAUCAGCCUGACUACCUUAAGUUGGUCAAGGCUCUUUGUGCUGACCACAACGUGAGCCUGGUUACAGUUCCUGCUGCAAAGACCCUUGGCGAGUGGGCUGGUCUAUGUAAGAUUGAUUCCGAAGGGAAGGCAAGAAAGGUUGUGGGAUGCUCAUGCCUUGUUGUUAGGGAUUACGGUGAGGAAACUGAAGGUCUUCACAUUGUUCAGGAGUAUGUGAAAUCUCACUAAAUACUUUGUGGCAUGAAUCAAAAUCAGUCAGUGAUGGGAAUUCAAACUUUUUUUAAUUUACCUUUUCAUCUGUUUUGGAACUUUGUUUUAGAAAAUUUUGAAUGGUGUUAUCAAAUGCUUGCUUGAAAGAUAAUGAGAUCUUGAUUAUGGAGUUUAA